UGACAGUGCAAUGACAUUGUGAGACUAUAGUUGUCACGUAGAAAUUGAAUUUUGUGUAAAAAAUAUUACGACCAUUAUUAAUUAAAAUUAAUUAUAGUGAUAAUGCAAAACACGCGAAACUUAGUGUCGUCGAUGUUGGGAAAGCAAAGUUAAUCAUACUACCGAGUGAUGACGUUGAGCAAGGACGAUGUGAUCUUUAGAGUCAAUAGAAACAAACUUUGUCGUCUCAUUGUUUGAUUAUAAUCAUUAUCUCUGCGGAGAUAUUUUGAUAUGUCACAUUUUGGGAAUUUUAUGGACGGCGUCCCCGUGAAAAUCUCUGAAAAAUACAAGCGGCCGCCCCGAAUAGAUCUGCCGUACAGCGUGCACGAAUGCCCACUACGAGCUCAAAAUGUGGUCGACAACGCUGUGUAUUGCACUCAAUUUGAGACUAACGUGCUGUCGAAGCUUAAGGAACUACGGAGUGCUAAGGAAACAAAGAAAAACGAACGUAAACAUCGCUUACAGUUAUUAGAGGAAGCCAAACAGAAGAAAUUGGAUGCAAUCGCGGCAGCCGAGGCUGAGGAAAAACUUAAACAGCUCAGCGUGUCUGAAGUGUCUUACCCGAGUACUGACGAGAUAAGUGCAAUAUCUCCUGAUGAGAAAACAGACAAAAACUGUGAUACUACUCCUGUAUUAGAAGACUCUCCCGAACCGGAGCCUGCAGUUCCUGAAGUCACCUAUCAGACAUGCGGUAACCCCGAACCAGAGCUAAAUAUCCUACAACCUAUACAAUUACAAGCUAACUACCCACAGAACAGCUUACUAGAUGAUCCUGAUCCUUUGCAAGAAUAUAAAACUAAUACUAAGAUUAAGAAAAUACCACAAUAUAAUCACAAUGUAGAAACCCUUACAUUUAGAGAUUUUGAAAAUGAUACUUCUAGCCCGUUUGAUAAUGUGGAGCUAAAGACUAUAAAUGACAUGGAAUUGUUAGCCCAGAUACUGCAGAGUCAGAAAGAAUCUACAACAAGUUGCAAUCCACAGCAGCAUAUACCUGACCAAACAUUUGCAGCUCCGAGCUGUGCAUCCCAAGCUCAGACCGAGGGGCUUGCUUAUCUACCCAAUUCAUACACUGAACAACAAAUGCAGGGCCCUGGAUUAAUGUAUAUAACACCACAACACUAUCCCGUUUCUAACGGUUACUAUGUACCAGCUGACAAUGUCUGUGAUAACCAAAUGCCAAUGGAAAACAUGUACAUGCCAAAUUAUCAAUAUUAUGUUCCUACAAAUCCAUAUCCUGCUAACCCUCAAUACUAUAACAAUCCAUUAUCAGUCAGUACGGACAUAAACCAACCACAAAGUGAGUCUACAUUCAUUCCUCAACCAUAUUAUUUUCAUCAAUACCAUCCAAUGCCUGCACAGAUUCCAACUGAAAACAUGGCACGGGAUGACAACAAAACAUAUGAAAACACAAGUACUCAGAUCAAAUCGCGGUCUCGCAGUGUGCCGGACAUAGUUAGAGAGUUGAAUGAAGAAAUCAUGUUAGCAAGGCUUCGAGCAAAUGAAAGGUCGUCUCACAAUGUAAGUCCAGCACCAACAAACAUUCCAAAACCAUCUUCAAGCACUGAAAAGAAGGAAAGGAAAAGCAAACGGAAACCAGAACAGCUACCAAAUCCUUUAGAAAAGCUGUCUCCAAAGCUCCAGGAUAUGUGUAGGAAGAUACAUGGCAUGGGGUUCCCGCUUGACAGGGUUGCCAGAGUAUGUACGCUUGUAGGUGAUAAUGAUAAAAAGGUAAUCGAGGGUCUUCUAAUACUAGGCGAGCUGAUGGACCUUGGCUUUUCAGAAGGCCGAGUGUCCGCCGCGCUGGCGAAACACGAGUUUAACCGAGACAAGGCAUUGGACGAUUUGGUGUCGUAACGGUUAAUAGGAAAACGGUAUUGAAAAGAAAAAUAUGUGGAUGCCCGUAAGACGUUUAAGGUGAUGGAGCAGUAGUGACCAAUAAUUAUAUUUGAAAGAAAAAUAUACUAUGCUUAAUUCGGAUAUAGUUUAAUUUCACUUUUUACAAGCUUUUAUUUAACUUGCCCUGUUAGUAUGUAUAUAUGUAUGUAUGUUUGGUUUCCGAUUGAGCUGAAAAUUUUCAUACAUAUGUAAGUCGGGUGACAAUGAAAUAUUGUGGUACAAUCGAGCUGAUCUGAUGAUGGAGGCAGGAGGUGGCCACGGGAAGUCUGUAAUAAAACAACGUGACCUAAUUGUGUUUGGGGUUUUUAGAAUUGUCUUGAUGAGUAAGUAAGAAAAUAUUCUUUAUUGCAUCAACAAUUAUACAUUUUACAUACAUGUAAAACUACAAAUAAAGUUUAAAGGAAAAUAGAACCAGGUAACAGGCGGUCUUAUCGCUAAAAAGCGAUCUCUUUCAGACAACCUUUAGGUAGCAGGCAAUUUAGAACUCAGAAUUGAGUAUUAGUUGCAUGUGGAAAGAAAAGUACAGUCAGUGAUAAAAGCUUGUACCAAAAUGAAAUUUUUGCCAAAAACUUAUUCUUAUAGGCAUGAGAUGACCUAGUAGCACAAUCGGAAUAGAACAAACCUCAAAAUUUCUUGGACAGUCUUGAAAUUUGGUAUGUAUGUAAAUUAAAGGAAUAAUUUAUUCAUGUCCAUACCAUUUGACACACUUCCAGGGGACAUUCUUUUAAUAGGAAACUCUGAGGGAUAUGAAUUCCACUUUUGUGUAUACAUUUGUACAUGAUCUACCCCAAUAUCAACAUUUCGACCAGACAGAUCGUUCCAACCAACCUUAGUUACGGAAGCUUACCGGAAUCGUGGGAAUUUUUCAAUUCCUUCCUUUUUGUAUACUCGCCUUAGGGAGGUAGGAAACAAUUGUUUGACAAUUAAAAUAAGUAAUUAUUGUUUACCUACUGCUCAGCUCCAUCGGCCACAUUUGAGUAGGCUGUUUGCUAAAAAUACUUACCUAAUUAUAAUACGUUUAGUGGUUGGACGAAAAAUGCCUGUAAUUUAAUGUAUUUUGCGAGCGUUUAUAAAAUACUUACCUAUCAUUACGUCAAAAAAAAAAUUAAGACAUCGGUCAGCAAAAAGUGUUAUUUUAAAUAUGCGACCUCACUUGACUUGUACGUAUAGACCACCAUUCCAUUCGUAGACAUUACGUAUUAUUUUAAACGGUUACAACUUUUCGAGGGUAUUCUUUUUAAUAAACGUCUCUGAUGGUGGCCUAUUAUUACAUGUCUUCGAAAUCGACUGGCUGAUUAUUUUUUCGGCGAAAUGAUAGACAAUCGUGUAAAACGAUAGACGCGAAAGAGUGAUAUAUUUUCAAUAAUAUAUUAAGAGUAGGUAGUGUGUCGAAAUAAUUAUUAUGCUAGAAUCUGUACCUAAGACUGAGCGGUGACAUGAUUAUUAACAGUUAUUAAAAAUAAUUUUCACAGGUCCAUUCAUAAGAGCUGGCGCUGCCAAUGUUAGAUUAGACAUUCAAUGUCAGAGGGCCUACCGCGAAAACCGAAAUUCGCAUAUUGCGGGGAUCUUUCUCUUUUACUCUUACUAAUACGUAAUUAGUGACAGUGAAAAAUGCUCGCAAUUGACGAACUUCGAUUUUUGCGGUUAUAGCCCAGCUCUUUGGACUUUUUUACGCGGUUGUCACACCGAUGCGGAUCCGCGCUCCGCUCCGGUGUGUUAGCGAGACAGCGCUAUGCAUGUAACCGAUGUCCUGCUCGCACGACGAAGCGGCUAGCGGAUCUGCAUUCAAUUUGGAGACCGCCUUGUAAAGGCUUGUAGCAUGUAGUAAGAGCGUAUAGUUAACGAAAUAUAAUUUGCACCGAUUAGUCAUAAACCUUUUUCGUUAGGAAUACAAGGGGACAAAAGAGCGACAAAGUGCAUAGUACGAUUAACUAGUUAUUAUACUUUGUGUUUCUGGAAUUAUAUAAAUAAAACCUUUUUUCAACCAUUCAAUCAGUACUUUCGAUUAAAUAUUUAAUUGUAAACCAGGAAAACUUUGAAAUUAUAAUGUAGAAAAAGGUGGAAUCAAGAUUGUUUAUGUCAAGUAUACUUAUAGCGAAGCCGGGUGUUGAUGAUUUUAUUACCCUAUCUAUUGUAAAAGAGCCAUAUUAUAACAUUCAUCGGCGCAAAUAACUUUUCUUUAACUAUAACAUAAAUGUUAAAAAUAUUGCCGUUUAUAUUACUUGUUACAUGCGUUUAUAAAACAGUCUCCUUGUGUACCAACCAAUCAGUAUAUACUUAACUGCCAUAAUGUGCAGUCAUUGCUCAGUAUGGUCAUAGACAACUGAUUUAACAGGGACUUACGGAGCGGUUAAAUGGUUAUUGUAUUGUAAUAUGGUAUGGGCGAUUUCCCGCAACUCGACGACUGGCGCCUAUUUUGCGUGACAGAGGUUUUGGCUAUUCUUGCCAGCCCAACUCUUCGAGGAAUACUAUCAAACCUUUGAUAUGGAGUAAGACCUCGGGGAGGUCUGUCGGGGAUCCGAGAUGUAUUGCCCUGUAUGGGGCCACUCCGCUGCAUUCCAGCACCACCUGUUUCUUCUGUUUCCAUGCAUCCUCGGCAUAGGACACUGUCUGUGACACGUGUUAUAAAAAUAUGUUUGUUAAAUAGUCCAUUUUGACACUGGGUACCAUACUCAGUCGGACCUUCCUUAGUUGGUUACAUGGUUAAAUUUGCGAUCUAAAUUCCCCCAACCCCAAAAUCUAAGACUGCAGUGAACGUCAUCUACUGCUGUCAAGAAACCUAGAACUCCGUACGUCUGUGCUGACUCAGUUGUCUGUGGUAUGAUGCUAUUCUUAGCCUACUUAAAGUAGAGAGCUUAUUUAUUUUUAUUGCCUUCACUUCUUAAUUCUUCUAGCUAAUAAGUAAUGGUAUCUUUGCCCUUUCUGUUAUCAAUUACUUUUACUGCACUGACAUCGAAAUCAUUUGUAUUCUUUACGUAAUAAAAAAGGAAAUUUCCGUAGUUUGGAAUGAACAGUCGCCUCCAUCAUACAAUUCAUAGGUACAUGAUAUUUAUAGAGACCGUGCAUGUUGGAGGGUUAGCCAUCUCGUGACCGCGAAUAGAAAGAGAAAAUAUUUCACGCUUCUAAGCAGGUGCUGCCCCCUACACUAAACGCUGGCUCUAUUUUGCAUAGUAGGGUCUGCCAUCUAGUGUCAUAAAUUUAAAAAUCAUAAAUAAUGAAUAAUAGGCGGCUUCUGUGCUGCCGUCUACAGCUGCACGCUCCUUAUAUUAUCACUAUUAUCAGGGUACUGUAAAAUAUUUGAAAAAGCACUCUCAAGUCUCAACGGCUUGACUAGAGUCAUGUUCAGAUAAUUAUGAGCACCUUGUUAUACUUGCCGCAAAACUAAGAGGCGGGUCCGGUCAUAAUGCCAUAUCUUUCACUGUUGGUUGGUCUUAACAAGGGUAAAGGAGAUAGCAUUAUGAUCUCAGUUGCCAGUUAGUUUUGCGCUCGUUGCCAGCUUCAAAAGUGCCGUUAAUUUAUCGCAAUGCCUCUUAUAGGUACUACCGGGGCGCUUUUUUGUUCCACCAGAGUUGCGUAAGGCAGAAGGGCGGUGUGAGUGAAAAAUUUCACCAAUAAGAACGAAAAAAGAAACGCGCGCGCCAAUCAUGGAAAGUGAUCUUGCACUGCUUCACUACCGCGCUAAGAUACAAAAAUAUGUGACCCGAUUUUAUUUUACAUGCUCUUAUAUGAAUUGAUCUUAAAUGAAUGGUGCCAGUCCAGUGGUGCCACUCACGAAUUCGAGCCAAUCCUGCAGUCUAACGCUACUAGUUACGAUCAAUCGCGCGCGUGAUGCAAAAUGAUCAAUCAAUCGCGUUGUGGCGUUAGACUGCACCAUUGGCUCGAAUUCGUGUGCGUGACACCGCGCGCUGUACUGGCCCUAUUCUUAGUGCCCGUAAGGCCUGUCCUUAGAGAUAUAUAUAUAUGUCAAUGCGUGUCACAUACCUAUUUUUGCGGCCGAAGAGUAACAUAUUAUUGCAGGUAGUGUACAGUCAGCAUCUAAUAUAUUUGUAGUGACUGCCAAAGCCACAUUACAUCGUAAGACAUUCCAAUAUAUUCAGUCAUUUCGGCCGCCACUAUCUAUUUGUUGCUGAAUACACCAAUUGAUUAACUUUUCACCCCAAGAGCUCAUUUAGACGGUGCGAGAACUUGCAUGUGAGUUUCAUGACAUUGCGGUAUUUGCUCGGUUGGCCGAAUUGGUUGUAACCUCAAUAGUCCUCAAUGCAGGGCUGCCAGUACAUAAAUCUUGAUUAUACGGAAUUCGUAUCGAAUUAUACGAUCUGGCAGCCCUGCCGCAAUGUAACUAAAAUCGCAUGCGAGUUCGCGUGCCGUUGAAAUCAGCCCUAACCCUAUAUCACGUGCUUUAACCAAAAAGUGUAUGCUUACGACUAUCCUUUCUACAUUGUAAUUCAGUAUAAGUAUCCAGGAUAAAAUCCAAACAGUCCUUAUUUUUAGUACAUAGUAAAUAUUUAUUUCUACAUUAAGUGAAGAUAUGCAUUUUGUUAUAAUAAUAUUCGUCCAUUUAGUAAAUUAUUAGCUCAGAAAUUUAAGAAGUGCUUUUGGUUUAUGUCGAAAUAUAGUAGUGAAUUUACAGACGCUGUGAGAUGUAUCGGAGCGGCUAUUGGCCAUGGUGCUCAGAAAUAUCUGAAUAACUUCCCUUUGACAUGAGGCGUGUUCAGAUAUUUCAGAUAACCUUGGCUGCUCCGAUAAUAUCGGAGAUAUAUUAUGUCUUAUGGCGAAAGUAAACAGGUUUACCGUUUACACUUUUUGAAUUUUAAAUAAAAACACACAACAGAACGUAUUCAUUCUGUACACAAUUACUUAGACGAGGUGCACUUCUUAAGUUUUCGGCAAAUCAAUUUUAUGUGAAGGUAACAGCAGUAUCCAGGAUUAGUAAGAGUAAUCUGACGAUUGCGAGCGUAUAUUUAAUGAGAUUAUUUUAACUAUUGUCAAUCCUCUAUAUCCAAUUCUGGAUACCAGUGUAUAGAAACUUAAAUUCUUUAUUAUGACAUGAAUUUAUUAUGCACGUGGCGGGCAUGCGACGUGCAUGUUAAACAAAUGCAAGCGUGCCUGCUCAAAUCACUUGUGAGCCCGACGCCACGCUGCACCCCCCGCCGAACGCUCCGCUUCGAGCGUCCACUUAAGCCUUAGACUAAGACCUCACAAGUGAUUUGAGCAGCAGCGUGUACUAAGGCCGUUAAUAUACGCUUGCAUUUAUUUAACAUGUAAGCCGCACGCCCCGCCCCGCUGCACGCCCAACUCGAGCGUCCACUCAGGCCAAGGCAGAAUAGUUCUUUGUGCAACAAGAGAGGAAAGUUGGUUUUUCUUGCGAGGGACUCAAAAACACGAGAUGUAAAAUAACUUUGCUCUCGUGUGACCCAUACAACUUUUCACCUCAGUAGUGAGAACAUAUUAAAGGUUAAAAAAAUUCAGCAUCGAGUAAAGUUGACCACAUUUAUUUACAUUCAUGAAUGUAAGGCAUCAUCAUUAUGACGAAAGCUUGUCUCACUCCCUGGAGUGAGGAAAGUCGCACUUUCGCCACUCCCCGCCGGAGUGACGAGAGUUCUUGUUCGAGCUGCCGAGGUGAAAACAAUAUUAAACCAUUUCAAACUAUUGCCAUUGGAAAAUAUAACUUAAAUGCUUUGGAAUAUAGUUAAUUUUGUGGUUAACAAAAUUGUAGGAAUAUUAUGCACUGAAAUUGCAUUCGUAAAAUUAAAAAACGAAUUAUUGUUAUAGGUCAAACACUUAUGUUUUGUUUUAAACAUCACAAUGUAUAUAAAUGUACCAUGUAUGUAAAGUAUUUUCGUAGCCAAUAUAUUAACGAUACCUAUGGAUAAUUGUAGAAAACGAAAAUAAUUGGGAGUAGGUAAAACUGCAAUGUACUAACACAAACCGUAAAACAGAGGUCAUAGAGUAACUUAUAUACCUAAUAACUAUACUAUGCCUUAAACAGUUUUUUGACAAGUUUUCACAGAUUGUUUGUUAGAUACGAUAUGAUAUUGAUGCAUCAAGGCGGUUUGUUUACAGUUUGUGCUAGUGGCGUCCCCUACGCAGAGUUUUGCGUAAUAUUCUCUAUUAAAAAGCAAUGUAAUAUUGUUUAUCAGGAUAUUAUACAUAUAUCAUCGUGUUACGUCGUGGUACAAGGGACCCUGCCCCCACGCACCGCGCUUCUUAUGAAGUUGAUUUCGUUCUCACUGGCAAUCCUUUAUCCUAAAAUGAAACUUAACGUAAAUGUAAAAUAAAUAGACCGACAUUUAAGCAUUUUUAGAUGUAACAAUGACAUGAGAUGUUUUCUGCUUUACUACAUACAAAUUGAACAGACAUUUCACUAACAUUGUCGCAAACGCAAUUUUAUUUAUUAAAUGAACAUUAAUUAAGUAAAUCGUUCAAAUUACGAUGACAGUUGCGUCAAUAGAAAAUGAACUUUAACGCUAUAGUAAUAAGGGUGCUGUUGUCAUGGUAGUUUGAGAAUAAAUAACGAACAUCAGUAAUAUCAAAUAUGUACCAAGGUUUCUCUUCUGCUCUAUUUCUGCGUUAGGCGCUUAUCACACUGCAUCCGGUUGGCAAGUCGCCCCGACGUUUGAGCGGGAUGUCGCUAUAAAAUGGGUAUAGCGUUGUCUCGCUUAAACAUCGGAGCGACGUGCGAAUCGGAUGCAGUGUGCCAUGCGCCUUAAAACUGAGCAGUCUCAUUUUUAACGUAGGAAUAGAGGUAGAUAACUUAAAGAUACGUCAAACAUUUGCUAAAGAUACGAUAUGGAUUAGAUAGGUCAGUGUCAAAAGUGACGUUUCUUCAAACAAAAACGUCACUUUUGACACUGACAUGUCGUAUCUUUAGGAAAUUUUUGACUUAUCUUAAAGUUCGAAUCGGGCCGUAUGAUAUUACUGACAGUGAUAGCAAAGAGUUGUCGAUUGUAAUAGAGAGGUAAAGUCUAAGAUAAAAACAUGGCACUAGUUGACAGCCUAAACAGAUGGCACUGUAAUGCGCCAUAUUUUUGUGGUCACUGGAUGCCAAACGUCAACUUUUGACAAUCAGAGUGAGCGCAUAAUGCAAAGAGUAAAGUAUACCUAUAGGCAGAAUGUACGGUGCAGGACUUACAGCGUCAACUGGUUUAGCUGUCAAAUUCGAAGCACAAAUGUCUUAGACUUGACGCAUCUUACUCGAUCAAUGUACGUUUGCUAAUGGGUAUUGUUUGUCGCUCAAUUAUACGAGACGCGGUUUCGAGGCGGUUUUUGAGAUUAGAUUUUUUUUGUAAUUUUAAAAGUUGAUUGAAGAUUUUGACGAUCGGUUUGGCCUAGUGGGUCGGAGUCAAAGAUGUUUUCUAUGUAUUUGUAUAUUUUCCCCCCUUAUUCAUAAAUGUGUUCUAAAGUUGACAAGCCGGUAACAAUCGUUUGUCCCUUUCCAUCAUACCAAUACGUCGGAAGGAAGGUGUAUUUUUCGCUGUCUUAGAACCCACAAUACUUCUUGGCUGUGGGACUUAGUAAAUUUGUGUAAGAGUGUCCCUAUAUUUUUUAUUUAUUCAUUGGAGAUUCUUUCGGUUUCAAGUUUGAAUGAAAUAUUAGCUACAAGCAUUUUAACAAUCUUUUAAAACUGACUUUUAAAAGGUAAUUUCUAAACUUUACCUAUUAACAGAUUUACAUGCUCUGGGCGUUCAAAAAAAGGCCAUAAAAACCGCAGCUCAUUACGCCGAGCUGCGAUGGCCUGGGUUGGCACGUCGAAGUUUGUAUUUUACAGAUGUCGCUAGCAAAGCUUGCCCUGUCAAUCCCUAAGCCCCCUCCAGACUAUGCACGUGAAUCGCGGCUAGACUUCGCGGAGCGAACAUACCGCGACGUUGACGUAAACUCCACACUCGCACAACUUCACGACGAUUUCGCAGUUUGGUUCGCGGCAAGAUGGCGCCGAAGCGUCAGCUGAUCGGAUUUAGUUUGCGGCAAGGCACUGAUUCAAACUGGGAACUGUCAAAUUGAUUUUUGGUUGAUCAAGUUGGCACCCAAUAUAACCAAGUAGUCGCCAUAGAAGGUUAUGACAAUUUAACAUAUUAACCGACUCGUGAGCGAAUCGCGGCGCGAAGCGAUUGCGAGUGUGGGGUCUUGCAAGUUCGCGCUUCGCGUCUCCUUUGACGCGGGCCAAACAAAUACCAACAAAAAACGGGGAAUAAGGCGAGAAGGCGUGAACAAUCUGCGAAAUCGACGCGAGGGCCCUCCACACUCGCGUUCGCGGCUUCGCACCUCGAUUCGCGCACGAGUGUGGAGGGCUAGGUCUAGAAUUGUGUCAAAUUCUUGUUUUUUUUGGAAUUUGUUGGCCUGGAUGCAAGCUCUUAAAGCCAAAUCUCAUAGAACAAAGCUAAUAGAGAAAGGGGCAAGCUAUGAUGGCGCCAUCUAUGCAAACCUUAAACAGUUGCCAACCCCAUUGGACGCUAAUUGUAAGAAUUGUAAGUGAACGCUUGGUAGAGUGCGUGAUUUUGUACUUCGGCUUCACAUCAAUGGAAAUAAUGUAUAAAUAAAGAGUUAUUUU